UACACGGAAUUAAAGGAUGCGUAUGAUGUUUUUAUGAGAUGAAUUCAAGAAAGUUAUAAGUCAUUAUCAGUUCAAGCGGUGGAAAUGUCAGAAAGAUAAUGAAUUUCAUAUUCAAUUAUUUUAAAUUCAAGAAAAAAUCACAACAGCAAAAUGAAGCUAAGACAUCAAACAAACAUGGCAUGGAGUAUUACAAAAUCGGAAAAUACGAAAAAGCUAAGAAAUGUUUUAAGAAAUGUCUCGAAAUUCAAAAAACUUUACUGGGUGAUGAACAUGUUGAUGUAGCUACAACGUUUAACAAUCUUGGUAAUGUCUAUUAUGAGAGCAACAAUUUUAACAAAGCCAAAGAGUGUUAUGAAAAAGCGUUGGAAAUUCGAAAAAAAUCACUUGGUCCUGAUCAUGUUGAUGUAGCUACGACUUUAAACAAUCUUGGUAAUGUGCAUUAUGUGAUCAACAAAUAUGCUAAAGCCAAUGAGUGUUAUGAAAAAGCGCUGGAAAUUCGACAAAAAUCACUAGGUCCUGAACAUAUUGACGUGGCUACGACUUUAAACAUUCUUGGUAAUGUGCAUUAUGAUACCAGCAAAUAUGCCAAAGCCAAAGAAUGUUAUGAAAAAGCGUUGGAAAUUAAAAGAAAAUCAUUAGGUCCUCAACAUGUUGAUGUAGCUACGACUUUAAACAACCUUGGUAAUAUGUAUAGUUGUACUACAGAUUAUGACAAAGCAAGAGAAUUUCAUGAAAAAGCCUUGGAAAUUCGACAAAAAUCUUUUGGUCCUGAACAUUUUUAUGUAGCUUGGACUUUAAGCGAUCUUGGUAAUAUGUAUUAUGAGACCACAAAAUAUGCCAAAGCCAAAGAGUGUUAUGAAAAAGUGUUGGAAAUUUGUCAAAAAUCACCUGGUCCUAAACAUGUUGAUGUAGCCAUGAUUUUAAACGAUCUUGGCAAUGUGUAUCGUCGUACUAAAGAAUAUGACAAGUCCAAAGAGUGUUAUGAAAAAGCGUUGGAAAUUCGUCAAAAAUCACUUGGUCCUAAACAUGUUGACGUAGCUUCGACUUUACACGAUCUUGGUAAUGUGUAUUAUAAGACCAACCAUUUUGCCAAAGCCAAAGAGUGUUAUGAAAAAGCGAUUGAAAUUGGACAAAAAUCACUGGGUCCUGAACAUAUUGACGGAGCUAUGACUUUAGAAAAUCUUGGUGAAGUGUACUAUGAGACCAAAAAAUAUGCCAAAGCCAAAGUGUGUUAUGAAAAAGCGUUGGAAAUUCGAAAAAAAUCACUUGGUCCUGAACAUGUUGAUGUAGCUAUGAGUUUAAACGAUCUUGGCAAUGUGUAUCGUCGUACUAAAGAAUUUGACAAAGCCAAAGAAUGUUAUGAAAAAGCGUUGGAAAUUCGACAAAAAUCACUUGGUCCAGAACAUGUUGAUGUAGCUACGACUUUAAACGAUCUUAGCAAUGUGUACUAUUUUAUUAAAGAAUAUGAGAAAGCAAAAGAAUUUUAUGAAAAAGCGCAGGCAAUUAAAUAUAAAUCCGUUGCUUUGGAUCAUGUUGUUGCUACUGAUUCUUUGAGCAGUUUUGAAAUAAAGUCUGAUGAUGCUGCUGAUGGUAAAGAGCCUUCAAAUUUACACGUUCACACGGAGAAAAAAGAAGAAAUUAACAAAAUUCUGCUAAAGUUUGCCGAAGAAAUUCCUGAUAAAUGGAAGAAUUUGGCAAUAUUUCUGACUGUUGGAGAUGCGAUAAUAAAAGAAAUUGAACUAAAUCAUCGUGACGUGAGCUGGCAAGGGUUUGAAAUGCUAAAGUUUUGGUUUGAAUCACGAGAAAAUAAGCAGUUGUGGUACGAAGAACUUGCCGCUGCUCUUCGCAUGAUCGAGAAAAAUCAUUUGGCUGACGACGUUCUUCAUAAAGGUGCAAAUGUUGCUAAUUAAUUUUAAACUGAAAUUCAAAGGUCAUUUGUCAAUUUUUUAUAAUCGCCAUUUUCAUGUAAAACUCAGAAGCCAACAUUGGAUUCGUUAUAUUGAUUUACGGUUUAAUAAUAUACAUGAAAAAAUUCUCAGUUCUCAUUGGCUAAUUAAAAGCAGUGCAAUUUAUUGUAAAUACCAGUGGGGAAAAAUAAGAAACACGGUGCAUAAAAAAGGAAAUAAAAUGCAAUUU